AUGGCCUCUGGGUUUCUGGUACCAGUCUUGAAGCUGCAGGGUUUUGUUUGCAGACACCGCAGUGUGAUGAACUCCACUAUCAGCCAGUCAGAAAGCGAGGUCUCUUCCAUGGCCUGGAUCCCCCACAGGGAAGACCUUCAAAGAUACCUGGAUGAAGGGGAAUAUCCUCCCUUUCGGUCUGUUGCAAUGUUUGAGAGCAACUUCAUCCAGAUUACUAGGAAGGGCAAGAACGUGGACGUCCAUAAUCAUCCGACCGAGGCCACCAUCGGCAUCAUCUCCACCGACAACAAACUGCCACUGCCCAACAUAAUGCUUAUCGCUCGCCCAGUGCCCAGGCAGAACGGCCAGGUCUCCGCAGGGUGCCGCACUGAGCAGCUGGUGCUCACCAGGCUCCUGCCCUUGAAGUUUGUGCGCAUCUCCGUUCACGAUCCCGACAGGCAGCGCAUCAAGCUCAAGCUGAUCAAUGGGCGCUCCUACUACCUGCAGCUUUAUGCCUCCCCGGGUGAGCAGCAGCUCCUCUUUGAUCGUUGGCUGUCACUCAUCUACCUGCUGCAUCACCCCCCGGACUGCUACCUGCGCCCCAAUUCCUGCAUGUGCAGAGACAACCUCAGUGUGCAAAUCCUAGCAAGCGAGGAGGAAGAGGAGGUGGUGCCAGAAAGCCAGAACAAGGCUCAGGAGGAUGCAGAUGCAGAAGAGAAGGGAAAGGAGGAGGUGGGCAAUGCUGCAAGUCCUCUUGGAGAGAGCAGCAGCAGAGAGAGCCUCAUCCAAGGGCCAAGCACAGACACCAAGCCGGAGCUCAACUCGGAGUCCAAAGAGCAUGAGAGUCUCACACAGACAGAUGUGGUGAGAAAUGAAGGGGAUCUGGGAGAAAGGGCCAACAGCAGCUCACUGCACUCCAGCACAGCAUUAGAUCAGGCCAGUGAAGGGGAGAUGCAGCAGCCUUAA